GCACAGGAAGGAUUCACCACAUGAAACAGAUGAGCGGAAGAGAUUUGAGACAACUGCAGAAAUGUGAUGCGAAACCGGGAAGAAUACUCAUGUAACCCCUUUAAUAAUAUAACUGAUAUAUAUCCUAGUAAGACCAUCAAACAGGCAGUAUUAUAAUGAGGAGAUCAGUCAGUGCAUGCAGUGUAAACAGAGCUAACGCUUAGCUUAUGUUUUGAUGGAGGAGGACACAUACCAGACAAGAGGGAGUGUAACGUGGAGGAGAUGGUGAUCCUAAGUGUUCAUCCAGUGAGCUAGGACCUCUCUGUGGACUUACUUGAAGAAGCCAUGGAGAGAGGAGGGAAAGCAGAGGAUGAAGACGCCAGUUUGUUUGUGGACUCUGAAUUUCCUGCAGAUGACUCAGCCCUGUUGUCAGAUUGCUCCACUCCCAUCGCUAAACUGAAGGGCACCAUCACCUGGCUGCGUCCCCAGGAGAUCUGCCAGUCACCAGAAUUAUUCCCUGAAGAUAUCAGCUUGGGUCAUGCAAAGCAGGGUUUAUUGGGAGACUGCUGGCUCCUUUGUGCCUGCACCGUCUUACUGCAAAACAAACAUUUACUAAACAAGGUGAUUCCUCUAGACCAGCCUACAUGGGGAGGCAGUGGAUACAAAGGGUUUUUUCGUUUUUGUUUUUGGCAGUAUGGUCACUGGAAAGAUGUUAUCAUUGAUGACCUUUUGCCAUGCAUUGAUUUAAAACUAUGCUUUUCACGGUGCCUUUCUCCAACUUCCUUUUGGGUAGCAUUGUUGGAAAAAGCCUGUGCCAAGCACUAUGGCUCUUAUGAGAGACUUUGGGCAGGGAAAGUAUCUGAGGCUUGGGUUGACCUUACUGGUGGCCUGGCAGAGCACUGGAGUUUGGGUAGCAUUGGAACAGAAGAAGAAAAUGUUAAACAACAAGACACAGAUCCAGUCAGAAGGAGACCAGAUCUUGUGAAGUUUGUGAGAGAUAAUUGCAUACUUAGCUGCUCUAUUAACAGCAGGACAACAGUUGAAGAGGCCACUGAGCUGGGUCAGUAUCAUGCCCUAAAUGUCUUAGAGUGGCUUGAAGUGAGCACGGUGUCUGGAGACAAAGUACAUCUUCUCCGGAUUAGAAACCCCUGGGGCAGAUGCUGUUGGACUGGGUCCUGGGGUGAAGGUGGUGAUAAUUGGAGCUCUCUUGAUCCUCUAUGUGCGAUGGAUUUGCAAGCAAGAAUUUCACAAGGGGAAUUCUGGUUGGAUGAAGAAGAGUUCGUAUCUAUGUUUGAUGAUGUUACUGCAGGAUAUAAAGUUGAUGAGAAUGGACACAUUAGAAGCAUUUACUCAGGAAACAUGUUAGAACACCGUCACCAGCUGGCUGGUGAGUGGAUAAAGGGAUUCUCUGCUGGCGGUAGUAGGAACAGCAAUAGCUACAGGACUAAUCCAAAGUACUGGCUCAAAGUUAGAGAAAGAGGAGAGGUAUUAGUAUCACUCUUGCAGCAUAAAGAAAAUAAGAGGAUGGACAAAUCAGUACAAAUGCUAUGUGAAGACCUCAGAAUGAAUAAGCACCAGCAUUACCAAGCUAUUGCUCUGCACAUUUGGAAGGUGGAGAAGAAACAUUUCAAUUUAAGCCAAGUGUUAAAUAAAGCUCCAUUUGCUUCAACUCACUGCCAUGCAUAUGAUAGAGAAGUGGUCCUCCAUCAGGAGCUUGAGCCUGGAUACUACCUUAUGAUACCCAGCACUUACCAGCCAGAAGCUGAGGCCCAAUUCCUUAUAAGGGUCUUCUCUUCUUCAUCCACUUCUCUCAGUGCAUUGAAAAGCCCAGCUCGGUUACUGCCAUUAACACUUGGUGGAGAAUGGGAGAAUAGUUACUUUCAUGGAGCUUGGGUCAAGGGAAGCACUGCUGGAGGAAGCAGGAAUUUCCAUUCUCACUGGUGCAACCCACGCUUUCUGUUUAGUGUGUGCAAUGACACCAUGGAAACCCCAGGAGUCAACAUCAAAAUCACAUUGCACCAAAACUCCCCUGAAAACGAAUUACACCCAAUUGGCUUUCACAUCUACAAGACUCAAGAUGGGCUAUCUCAGUCUGAGUCUUCAAAAAAUGAACCUGUAGCCAGCUGUAUUCCUCACUGCUACAACCAGGUUGUGACUCUACCGUGCAAUCUUUCUCCUGGAGUUUACACCAUUGUGCCAUCUACAUACGAGCCUGACUGCCCUGCCAACUUCUCCCUUUGCAUAUCUCAAAGGUUACACAGGAAAGUGGUGAGAUGUCAAGAGACGCUUGGAAGAGCCAUUCAAGAGACAUCUUGUACAUCUUUGAUGCAGAACUAGUGGUGACUUCUGCUCCACUGAUGCUGACUAACCUCACUGUGGUCUCUGGCACAUGAUGAAAGAACUAUAUCUUCAGUCCAUGUUUACCAGCCCAGCACUGUGUGCAUGUCUAUGUAUGCUUGUGUGCCAUGAAUGUUUAGGAAUGCAAGAAAGAUUAGUGAGAAUGUGUGUUGGAACUCAUGGCCUAUCAGGAUCUGCUGAGGCUCUGGACUAGUGGGCAGUCACACACUUAUCAGCCAUUAGGACAUCAGAGGCUGUCGGUGGGCUGGGCUGCUAAUGAGCUAUGACGGGACUGCCUGGUGUAAACAAACAGCCGCCAUUGAAGGGCCCGCUGCUGCUCUUCCCCAUUCACUCACUGGUGCGCUUUCUGGCCAAGAACAAUGUCCUCUCUUAUGAGAGGCACAGGGGGCAUGGGGCGACUGAUGGUUUCAAACAGGAGAGCCAACAAAAUGACACCAUAACGUGCCAUACCAUGCCAAAGCAGUCCUCCCAUCUCUCCCUCUAUUCAUUAGGUUUAUAUACUCUUUAGUUACCCAACAGCAGGGUCAUCAAGUUUACCCUACUGCCUUGGCUAUAUUUGAAUAGUGCUUUCAAAAAUUACCCCCUAAACAUUAUUUCAUUUGGAGAGCUUGAGUUGUUAAUUGUAACAUUUUGUAUUGUGUGACUGAAU